AACCUCAAAAUGCAGUUCUCCAUCUUCAGCAUCCUGGCUAUCGCCACCGUCGCCAUCGCGGCCCCUCAGUCGUCCUGUAACAACGGCGGCCUGUUCUACUCCGACCCAAAGACUCUUGAGCCCUGCAAGUCUGAAUGCGCUGGCGGAACCUGUGCCUUCCAAGGCAAAUGCGAGACUGACCCCAACAUCCCUCUUCUCUGCCUGGCCAAGUGCACUUGCUAAACGUCUUGGCGAUGUCGAGGACAGCAUAGUGACAAAGCGGAUGGUUUAUGAAUGAUGAGGAUUAUUUACGAUUUUGCUAGUCACGGAAGAAAACAAUAGCAAAAAUGAAUAUUAUUUGA